UGACAGGUGAGAGGUGCUAGGAAAGGGAUAUUAUCAAAACAUAGUUAUGCAGUAAGAAACACGACCCACUGAGCUCAGCAUGACUAGGUGGGGGUACAGUUCAGACGACUAAUUAAAAGAUGGCUUGAGAGAUAGAGAAAAUGGCAGAAUAAAGAAUCAUUUUGUAAGAAAAUUGAAAUACUUUUUUUGGUUCUCAAAGGCAGAAGAUGAGUUUGUCUAUUGGCCAAGUCGAGAAGAAUCCAUGAACUGUGAGGCUUUUACUGUCACCCUUAUCAGCAAAGACAGACUGUGCCUCUCUAAUGAAGAACAAAUUAUCAUCCAUGACUUUAUCCUUGAGGCAACACAGGAUGACUAUGUCCUAGAAGUGCGGCACUUCCAGUGUCCCAAAUGGCCUAACCCAGAUGCCCCCAUAAGCAGCAGCUUUGAACUGAUCAAUGUCAUUAAGGAAGAGGCCUUAACACGGGAUGGCCCCACCAUUGUUCAUGAUGAGACACAAGUUCAUCAGGGGAAAUUAAGUAACAUCUCCAUGAAAUCAACAGAAACUCUACAGUACCUAGAAAUAAGCUUGAAAUGGAAUUGGCAAAGACUACAGAAAAAAUUCAAAACUGACCGAGUAAGUGGAGGCAGACAUUGUAUUUAUGCACAGAAAAAUGAAAAACUGGAAAGAUGUGAAUUUCCUGAAACCCAUCUAUGUAUUCAGUGUAACCUAAUCAAAACGCUAACAGUUCUGUUUUUGAAAUUCUGCUUUCAAAAUUACUAUGAAACAGGAUGGAAUGGGGUGGAAGGAGAGAGGUAUUUGGAAAUGAGUGCGUAUGUGGGGGGAAAAGGACGAUUCAUGGAACUUCGGGGGUGUAGCUCAGUGGCAGAGCAAGUGUUUAGCACGUGUGAGGCCCAGCACCAGGAAAAAAAAGAAAAAAAUGUACACUAUAUGUGCUUGAAACACUUAAGAAGUAAAAUAAAUGUAGAGACAGCCAAAUGUAUUAUGGAAAUUUGCUUUUUCAAGACUUACUAAAAACCUACAGGAAUUGAAUAUGGAGAGAAAAAUAAACAGACUAAGGGCCAAAGUACAGCAUUCAACACUAGGCCUGCAUUUAGGAAAAUUCAGUAUACAAUAAAAUGGCAGUUUACGUC